UUCUCCAGGUUUUACGAAGAGUCUGAUCUAGCAGCUCUAUGGAUUCCCCAAACAUCUGAAUUCAAGAUCAAGUAUGACUGGAUCCAGCAAACCUUUCCACAAAAACAAAGGUUUCAUCAGGUUAUAUUCCGAGCUGAGAAUGUUCUAGAACCUGGAGUUCUCAUUCAGAUGCUUGAAGUGCUUAAUAGGAUUAAACAUAUCAGAACUAGAUCAGGCAGAACAUGGAAGGAUAUUUGCUUCAGGGUUCCUAUCAUAGCUAAACCUAAAUGUCUUGGGUCUCUUGGGACAGCAAGGAGAAGAAGGAAGAGGUCGGAGGACAGAGUUUUGGAGGAUCCAGAUGAAUGGUUGGCGGAGGAGGAUUGGGGAGAGGAUUUGACCCAAACUGAUUCAUGUCAAGGGUUUAAUCUCUCUACCCUAAGUCUUAGUUCUCUCCAUAAACUAGCUGAGGUCGGAGCUGCGGUCAGCUCAGGACAUUUCUCCGUUGAACUAGCGACAUCAUUGAGUCGGGAGUUCUAUCCUGAACCUUACUGUUCAAUGGUGAAACAAGCGGAAACAGUCUGUUUUCAGGAGAGUAUACUUGAACUAUGGGGGAUAGAAGGAGAAAUUGGAGAUAAAUCUGAGCAAAUUAUAAGAAACCUGACUCUGGAUGAUGUGCUUGAAACCAUAAACAUGAAGAACACCAGCGGGGUGUUCAUGGUUGGAAAGAAUUUUAAAAAGAUGCUCAGCAAUAUCAGAUAUGAUAGUACAGGACGGAUAGUUGGAGCUGGUAUAUCAACAAUAUCCUGGCUAUCUCAAGUUAAUAUGACAAACGUUAGACUAAGAGGUUCAGCCCAGAGAGGAGAACUAGUAGAUGAGUUCUCUCAUGAGUUUGAAGGAGAGAUGAUUGAAGCUCUAACUGACAGAUCACAAUACUCAAACGUUUCUGUCUUUGUCCACGUUCACAGAAUGUUCUUAGAGUCCCUUGAAGGUCAGGCCUUUAAAGAUGCGAAAAUGUUGAUCCUUGGCUAUUUUAUUGUUCUUCUCUACGUCCUGGUUAUGCUUGGAACAUUCAGUUGUGUUGAGCAGAAAAUCUGGUUGAGUAUUGGAGGAGUGCUCGGAGUAGGGUUCGGUAUUGUUGCCAGUUACGGAAUUUGCUCAGCUGUUGGAUUCUUCUAUAGCGCAGCUCACACUGUUCUUCCUUUCCUUCUCCUAGGUAUCGGUAUAGACGACAUGUUUGUCAUCGUCCAGACCCUCUCUACCCUCUCCAGCAGUGAGCAGAACCUGGAGCUGGAGGACAGGAUUAGUGUUGCUCUCUCUCAUGCAGGCGUUGCUAUCACCAUCACUUCUCUCACAGAUUUCAUUGCUUUUAGCAUUGGAGCAACAACUAGUCUUCCAGCUCUUAGAUCCUUCUGUGUGUAUGCUGGUGUAGGAAUAUUUGUCAUAUUUCUCCUCCAGGUUAGCUGGUUUACAGCGCUUCUCUUCCUGGACGAGAAAAGAGUGAAUAAGGGAAGAAACGGUUUAAUUUGUUGUUACGAACACAAGAACUUUACAAGAAGGGAUAAAACUCAGGAACCUCUUAUGGAGAAGUUGUUUGGUUUGUUUACUCAGUUGCUGCUGACAAAGGUGAUGAAGGUUCUAGUUCUCCUGUGCACCCUGAGCUUCCUGACUCUGGGUAUAGUUGGAUUAUCUAGACUCAGGAUGGAGUUUAAACCUGAGUGGUUGAUGAAUCCGGAAUCAGAAAUAUCUGGAUGGUGGGAAGCUACUAGAACAUAUUUUCCUUCUAACGGAGAGACAGAGUUCAUUUUUCUCCAGGGAAUAAACUACCCUGAGAACUGGGAGAGAAUAGAUACCCUGGUUUCAAAGUUCAAAAAUCAGACUGAUGUCAUCAACUCUAUAGAUUCCUGGCAGGAUGUUUUUAAGGAUUAUGUUGAAAGCCUUGAAGCUGAAGCAAUGGACUGGAGAAACUUGACGGAUGAUUAUUUUCAAUCCAAACUCUCUCAGUUCCUGUUUUCUCCUGUCGGAGCCAAGUAUAGGCUAAACUUCUUGUUUGACGGGGACCUAGAGUGCGGACAACCAGCUCCAAGAGUGCUAUUGUCUGCAAUACAGUACAGUCAUGUUCUACUCCAAGAAUCAUCUGAGUGGGUUCCUGCGAUGGACUGGGCUCGAGAUAUAGCCGAGGAGUCCGAUAUAACGGGAGAAUUUAACUUAGGACAAAUAUCGCCUGCGUUUGCCAUAGCUCCAAGGUAUGCGAACUGGGAGACUGAUAAAAUAAUUGGAGAAGAGCUUUAUCAAAACCUUCUUUCAUCUAUACUGGCAAUAUUUAUCACACUACUUAUUCUUCUGGGCAGUAUAAAGGGAGCCUGCAUCGUGAUAUUCUGUGUUGCUGGAACCUUGGUCAAUGUGGCAGGAUUCAUGCAUUUUUGGGGACUAACCAUAGGUAUAUAGGUAGGAGGGGGCUUACCAUAGGUUGGAGCGGACUUACCAUAGGUAUGAUGGGACUACUAAGACAGGAGGGGACUUACCAUAGGUAAGAGGGGACUUAAAAAAGUAGGAGGGUCCUUAACGUAGGAGGGGACUUACCAUAGGUAGGAAUGGACUUACCAUAGGUAGGACGGGACUUACCAUAGGUGGGAGGGGACUUACUAUAGUUAGGAGGGUACUUACCAUAAGUUGGAGGGGACUUAAUAUAGGUAUGAGGUGACUUAACAUAGGUAGGAGGGUACUUACCAUAGGUAGGAGUGGACUUAAUAUAGGUAGGAGGGGACUAAC